AUGACAAAUUGUGAAAAGGAUCGUAAAAGUUUAAGGCCUGUGGCUUUUGCUGGUAUAGUUUUUAGUACUGUAGCUUUAACAUCAUGUCUAAUUACAUUUCCUAUGAUUAUACAUUAUAUUCAAACAUUAGAAUCUAGUGUUGAAAUGGAUUUAGAAUAUUGUAAGAGUCGUGCAAGAGAUAUUUGGAAAGAGAUGCUUGAUAUACAAAUUGGCAAAAAUAGUGAAAAAACUGAAAAGAUUGCUAGGAUGAUUUUAACACAUCGUCGUUUGACCCGUGAUACACUUGGAGAUUAUUGGCAAAGACGUCUUCAUGAUUUUGAGGCACGUGAUGAUCCUGUACAACGUCCAUCAUCAUCAUCAUCAUCAUCAGGAUGUUGUUCAUGUCAAAGAGGACCACCAGGUCCACCAGGUGCACCAGGACGAGAUGGAAACAAUGGACCAGAUGGAGCUAUUGGAGAUUUAGGACCACCUGGUCCACCAGCUCCAAUGGUUGCAAAUGCAUUAGAUGCUUUCCCACCACAAUGUCCAUGUGAAGCUGCUCCUGGUUCUCAAGGUCCAAAAGGACCACCUGGACCAGAUGGCCCACCUGGAGAACCAGGACCAGAUGGAGAUGAUGGAAAAGCUGGUGAUUCAGGAGUUCGUGGUCCACCAGGAUUACCAGGUGCACCUGGUAUGCCAGGAAGAUCCGGUCCACCAGGAGAUCCAGGACAAUAUAAAACUGAAACAGGACCUCCAGGAAGACCAGGUAUAGCAGGUCGUCCAGGACAACCAGGACCUCCAGGUAAUCCAGGAAGUAUGGGAGAGCAAGGCCCACCAGGACAACCAGGAGCUGUAGGUCCACCUGGACCACCAGGACCACCGGGAUCACAUGGAGCACCUGGUGAACCAGGAACUACUGGACCUCCAGGUGUCGGUGGAAAUUGCGAUCAUUGUGCACAACCUAGAUUAGCACCAGGAUUUUAA